AUGCCGCCCCUCUCGCGUGCCGCCGCCCGCCCGCGGCGCGCCGCACAUCCUCCUCCUCCUACCACCGCCAGCACCAGCCCCCACGCUCCCUCCCCGCCGUGCCAGUGCCCAAUCGAUCCCAACCCCGCGUCGUACGUGCGCACGGACCCGUUCACCGCCCUCUACGCCCUCCGCACCCUCCUCGGCGUGCUCUCCUCCCGCCCGCCGCCGCACACCCACCGUCUCUCCGCGGACGAGCACCGGCUCGCGCUCCACCUCCUCACCCUCGUCGAGCCCUUCGUCGGGCUCGCCCCUUGCCCGCGCCGCGCCGCCCUCGCCCGCCUCCCGACCGAGGUCCUCGACCAGAUCGCCUGGCACGUCGACGCCCGCACGGACCUCGCCGCCCUCGCCGCCUGCUGCAAGCGCCUGCGGGACGUCGUCUGGGCGCGCCACUGGGAGUACCGGCUCGUGCGUGCGCGCCCAGGCGCGCUCGGGGUCUGGGCGCACUUCGUCGGGAACAGGGCGCUCGCGCGCAACGUGCGCCGGCUCGAGGUCCUCGACGAGCGCGCGGGGGUUGCGCGCGAGGUCGUCCCGCCCGAGCUCGCGGGCGCGCUGGUGGCGGCGGGGAAGGGCGCGGGGCGGGACACGGAGUUUGAGAGCUCGGGCGACGAGCUGGGGCUGCAUGCGAAGCAGGAGCGGCUGCUUCUCGCGGCGCUGGGGAGGAUGGGUGCGCUCAGGAGCGUAAGGUGGGCGUGCUCGCACUCGCUGGUCAGGUUUGAGAGGGUGUGGGCUGCACUCGAGCGAUGCGCGAGUCUCGAGGAGGUGGAGGUGGAGGAUAACGCGGUGUUCCUUGCCCCGGGCAUUGGCGCGGAGUCGGGGGAGCGCGGAAGAAGGCGAAGCAGGUCGUGGCCUGAGUCGGGCGCGGUGUCGCAGCUUCACGGGCUCAAGACCGUUGCCUUGCGCGGCACAAAGUCCGCGUUUGGUGCGGCCAAGGUUCCGGACCUCGCCCGGAUCGCUGCGAUGCUGCACCAGUGCCCCAACCUCCAGACCCUCGACAUCAGCCACGUCUCGCGCAACGCGCCCGGCUUCGUCCCACCCGUCGCGGACGACCUGCUGCUCUGCGGUCGCUGGGCCGCGCUGCGUUCCCUCACGCUCUCGGCCCUCGCCUGCUCGCCCGGCACCGGCCUCGACGCCGCCGCGGCGUUCCUGGCCGCGCACCCCGCGCUCGAAGUCCUCCACCUCGACAUCGCCUUCGGUCAGGCCCCCGCGAACGCGAACGCCGGUCCCGACGGCGGCGCAGCGGCGCGGCUGAAGCUCCCCGUGGGCUCCCUGCCGCGCCUCAAGGAGCUCAAAGCACCGCGCGACGUCGCCGCCGCGGUCCUCUCCUGCCCGCUCACAUGCGACCCCGAGGGGCCGACGCGCCCGCUGGAGACCGUGAAGGGCGUGCGUCUCACCGGCCCUGCGCGCGACCGCCCGUUCCUGGACGCGUUGCGCGUGCACGGGCAGAGCGUCCGUCGCGUCGAGCUCGCGGGCUGGAACGAUCUGGAGGACGUCCGGCGGCUCGCGGAGUGCGUGCCGAAGCUCACCUGGCUGGACGUCGGCCGUCGCGGGCCUGCUCAAGCACAAACGGGCGCCGCAGGUGCAAGUGUGGGCGUGAAGGCGGCGCACGUCGUCGCGAACGCGGCCGAAUGGACGACAGUGUUGCAGCAGAUACCGGAGCUCACGACGCUCCACGGGGUGCGCUUCUUCCACGCCGUCGCGCACACCGACGCAGCCGCGCCCGGGCUCUCGCUCUCGGACCGGUCGCGGACGCGGAAGAACGACGAGGUGGCGAGCGUGCUCGCGUGGCGCUGCCCGCGUCUCCGCCGGCUCGACCACUGGGAGGACGGGGCGGGGCGCGUGGUGGUGCUCGUCCGGGACGCGGAGCGCGUCCGGUACGAAGUGCGGCGGGUCAAGGUGUGA